GGCUCGCCCAGGAGCCCUGCGUCUGUUGCCAGCGGUGGAGGGAGGAGAGCUUUUCUCAGUGGGACCCAGCAGACCCCCUGGGGUUCAGAGGAGCAGCCUCUCCUGCGGGCUGCUGAGCCCCACCCUCCUUGGCCAUCUCCUUCCCCCCAUGGCGGCCAUCACGGACCUGUCCUUCAUGUAUCGCUGGCUCAAGAACUGCAAUCUGGUGCGCAACCUCCAGGACAAGUACGUCUUCAUCACAGGCUGUGACUCGGGCUUCGGGAACCUGCUGGCCCGGCAGCUGGUAAACCGGGGCAUGCGGGUGCUGGCGGCUUGCUUCACCGAGGAGGGGGCCCAGAAGCUUCAACGGGACACGUCCUAUCGGCUGCAGACCACCCUACUGGAUGUCACCAGGACGGAGAGCAUACAGGCAGCGACCCAGUGGGUGAGGGACCAAGUAGGCGAGCAAGGCCUCUGGGCCCUGGUGAAUAAUGCUGGUAUAGGCCUGCCCAGUGGACCCAAUGAAUGGCUGACAAAGGAGGACUUUGUGAAGGUGAUCAAUGUGAACCUGGUGGGACUGAUCGAAGUGACCCUCCAUAUGCUGCCCAUGGUCAAAAAAGCUCGGGGCAGGGUCGUCAACAUGUCCAGCUCUGGUGGUCGUGUGGCUCUCAUUGGUGGUGGCUACUGCGUCUCUAAGUUUGGCGUCGAGGCCUUCUCUGACAGCAUCAGGCGUGAGCUCCACUACUUUGGGGUGAAAGUGAGCAUCAUUGAGCCGGGGAACUAUCGAACAUCCAUCCUGGGCAAGGAGGACAUGGUGUCCCGCAUGCGAAAGCUGUGGGAGCGGCUGCCCCAGGAGACCAAGGAUAGCUACGGAGAGGAGUACUUCCGCAACUAUACUGACAAGUUAAAAAACAUGAUGCAGUCGGCAGAGCCGCGGAUCCGCGAGGUCACCAACAGCAUGGAACAUGCCAUCGUUUCCCGGAGCCCCCGGGUCCGCUACAACCCUGGCCUCGAUGCCAAACUGCUCUACCUCCCACUGGCGAAGUUGCCCACCCCUGUGACAGAUUUCAUCCUGAGCCGGUACCUUCCAAGGCCAGCGGACAGUGUCUGAGCUGGGGAAGCCCAGGGGUGGUCCGGGGAGUGUGGAGGAGGGAAGGGGUAGGAGAAGAGUCUGUAGGGCCACAAGAGUGGUAUCAGACAUUCUGGUGGACACUUUGCUUGGGUGACACCCACUGCUGGAGAAUUUAUGGAUAACUUCUAGCAGAAGACAAGUGCCUCUUCCCACUCGCUGGGCCCCCACAGACACCUGAGGUGGCCUUUCCAGGGGCAAAGACCCCAAGAACAUCUGUCACUCAUUCAGGAUAUGGCUUUUUCUGGACCUGGAAAUGUCAAGGGGAGGAAAACAAGCCCCUGCUGAAUCAUGAGCCUCUCUCAGUUACCACCACCGCUGGGAAACACUGCAGGAGAACCUAGCCCGCAGAGCCACUUUCCGCCUGGGUCUCUAACUACGCAUUCACCUCAUUCCCACAACCCAUUAUUUGAAGUAUGUAGUAGGGCAGACAGGGAGUGCAAGAUUGUAUCAGGUAAAAGUUUAUAUUUUCUUUCUAUAUACAUUUCUCUGUUCACAGGUGAUUGGGAUUCACAUAAAAUAACAUUUAUUUAUUUAAUCGCCAUUGAUUAAUUUUUCAAAUAUUUAUUGUCUACAACAUUCCAGGCACUGUGUAAGUCCUGGAAGGAUCUAAAGAUGAUUAAAUCAUGGUCUUGGUUUUUUU